GUGUCUUACAUGCCGCUAGCCUGCUCCAGUUUUUGCAAGCUUGGAACAGCGUAGAGAGCGCGACGCGGCCUUAUUCAUCGUCAGGAUUACCGUCGGCAGUUGCCUGACUCUCAGCGCAGCCGCUGCAGAAGUCUCACCGCGCACCGCGCAGCACCGCAGUCAUGGAGGCACCAGACGGGGGCGACGCGACGCCGACGCACAGCGAGUUCGGCGACACCGACGACGAGAAAGAACAACCCGAGGAAGACGCGUCCGACGACGACGCCAUGGAGGAGGAGGACGCCGCCGACGACGGCAGCGCCGACGUAGUAGCGGAAUACGAGGCCGCCGCGGCGACGCCGGGCGCGCCGCGCGCCGCGCACGAGGAGCUCGUCGUGUGUUUGCGGGCCGUGCGCGCCGCCGCCCCCUCAAACCGCUGGCGCGCUUCACAGAAAGCGGCCUGGGCGCGCUUCGCGGAGCGGCAUUCACUCAGUGCGGACGAGUGGCUCGCGCGGUCCCGCGAUUUAGAUGAUCCAAGCGUGCUGACGACGGCUUGUACGAUACUACCGCGCGAAGCGAAGCUCUGGCUCGAGCUCACUCGUAUCAAACUGAAUCAAAGCGUCGAGGCGGGCUCAAAAGUGUUGGAGGAGGCCUGCGCCGUUGCCGAGCGGGACGCUUCCGGGAGUCUAUCGAGGCUCUUCGACGCCGCGCGCGCGCUGGCCGACGACACCGACGACGUUGAGAAGCGGGACGCGCUGUACGGGCGCGAGCUCUCGGCACCUCUUGUACCGGACCAGGCUAGAGUAGUGUUCGAGCGAGCGCUUCUCGACGCGCCGACGAAGAAGGCGACGUUUGGAGCGGCCAAGGCGAAGGGGUUAGCCGCCUUCGAGCGACGUAGAAAGCUCGAGACUGCCUCGAAGGAUGAGGACACUUGGCUCGCGUACGUCACGCUCGAAGAGGAAGAAGAUGCGGAACGAGCUUUAACUGUGUGCGAGCGCGCGCUGGAGCACUGCGCUUCGUCCCGACUGUGGCGGCGGCGGUUGAGUCUAGCUCAAACGCCGGGCGACGCCUUCGAGGUCUCAAAAAGAGCUGUAGACGCAUUGCCGGACGACUUCCGGCUGCGCGAGGCUCAUUGUAGGUGUGUGGAGCGGUGCAGGCUGUCCCUCGACACUCUGGAGGACGCGUUCGCCCGAGCGGCCGAAGUCUGCGGAGACAAGGCGCCGGCCUUGGCGUUGGGCCGAUUGGCAGCUGAAAGACGACGCAGGGACGGUGCUGAUGUCCAAAAGUGGGCCCUCGCGCUGGUGGACGGCAACGAAAAAGCAAGUUACGCCGUCCGCGCCUACGCGACGAAAAUAAGUGAGGACCCGAAGCAGGCCUGGCGUUUACUACUGGAGGAUGCGUCAUUACCGCCGAAGGCCUGGCUAGAUGCCGCGCGGGCUUCGUUGGAGCGAGGCGAUGUUGAUGAGGCUCGACGCUUACAUAAAAUGCACGCGUCCAAAAGAGCGGAGCGCACGCGCUCUUCCAGUAGUACGCCGGCGCAGCGCAAGGCGGCGUCGGACGCGGCAACGGCGUGGCUCGUCUUUGAAAGGGACGCCGGCUCGUUGUCUGAUUUUGACGCGGCCUAUGCGAAGGCGGAGGCGUGGGGCGUCUUCGAUGGAGCGGCGGCGGCGCCCGCGGCGGCGCCGGUGGCCAAGCGCGCGCGGCCAGCGGUGUCUCCGGUGGCACCCGCGGCAGCGCCCGCAGCAGCGCCCGCAGCAGCGCCCGCCGUGGCCAAGCGCGCGCGUGCGGCGCCCGCCGCGGCGCCCGCCGCGGCGGCGCCCGCCGCCAAGCGCUCGAAGAAGGCCGCGGCGCUAGCGGCUCCAGACCCCGCGCGCGCGAAGCCGGCUACGGCGUCGGCGCCUUUGGCGUCCCCCGCGGCGCCCGCGGUCCCCACGGACUCUGCUCCUGCGGCCUCGGCUCCCGCGCCGGCCCCUGCACAGGCGCCGGCGCCGGACGCGGAGCCGGCGCCCACGCCGCCGCCGCCGAAGAAGGGCCCGAGCGACGACGCGCGGCGCCUCGCUCGGACGGCCUUCCUCGUCGGGCUCAAGAGCGACGCGACGGAAGAUGAAUUAAGGAUGGCGUUCGAGGGCUGCGGCGCGGUCGCCCAGACCAGAGUGCUGAAGGACAAGCGCAGUGGACAACCGACGGGCAAAGGUUUUGUGGAAUUUGUGGAGGACGGUGAGGCGCGGGCCAAGGCAUUGAAGCUCGGCAAGGAGCCGCGGAAGGCGCUCGGCGGGUCGGCGCCGUGCAAGAUCUUCGCGUCCAAGUACCUGUGCCCGGACCGUCCUGUUGAAGCGAAGCCCCGCAAGCCGCGGGCGCCGUCGGGACCACUGGUGCCGCGCGUUUUGAGAAGGCCGCAGCAGGGCCGCCGGCCGGGGCGGCUCGGCGUCGGCGCGGAUAGCGCUGCUGCUCCUGCUCCCGCGGCUGCUGUUCCUGAAGGGGGGCAUUCGCAGGACGCGUUCCGGGCGAUGUUUCUCAAGGGGAAGUAACGGUGAUGGUGUGUAGUCUUUUGAGUUGAAGCUGGCCCGCGAAUUUGAAGUUCGGGUCGACGCGUCCCUUUCGCCCGUCGCCGUCGCGCAGCCCGACGACGAGUCGGACCGCUGUUUUGAGUCGUGUUGCUGUAGGUACGUACAUAGCUAGGAGGUCCAAAGGACAGGGCGCGGGCGCCUACGCAUGUCAAAGUCGAGGCUAUAUAGCGUCGCCUAAAUGGCCUCAUAACUAGCAGCAACAGCACGCGGCACGCGUUUGCAUCGAAUAAAUGCAGCGCGGCUACGAAAGACGGCGCGACGGCGAUAGGGGGCGGCCUCAGGCAAGCCGGGAGAGGCGCGGGCGGCAGGACCUAAGCCGCAGCCGCCGCGACGAUAAAUCACGAUCAAGGCGAGAAGACAGCCGUAGGAUCGACCACAGCAGGUCGAGGCGCGACGACAGCCGGCGACAGGACAAGUCGCGGAGCCGCCGCGACGACAAGAGCCGGUCGCGGCGCGAGGACUCGAGGCGCGGCGACAAGAGCCGCAGCCGCCGCGACGAUUCUCGGAGAGAGGACCGACCGCGGCGGCCGGAGCGCGACCGCCGCGACCGCCCGCGCCGCGAGCCGGACCCGCGGCGGCGGCCGCCCGAGCGCCGCCGCGAGGACGCCGACCGGAGGCGGCGCGAGCGCGACGCCGACGACAGGCCGCGGAAAAGACGUAGAGUCGGCGAGGAAGGGCGACGACGACGGCGCGAGGAGGACGACGACGGCGACAACCGCGACGACAGCCAGGGUCAUUAUGAGGGGAAGGCGGGCGACACGAUCGACGGGCGCUACGAGAUCGUCGGCGAGGCCGGUUUGGGGACGUUUGGACGAGUUGUGGACUGUGUCGACCUCAGGCAUCCGGAUCGACGGCGAGUAGCUCUGAAAGUUGUGAGACGUAUAGAGCGCUACACGGAGAGUGCCGCGGUGGAAGCCGAGAUCCUGCGGGACGUGAACGCGACAGCCAGGGCGAACGGCGAGGAGGGCGGGAGGUUGUGCGUCCAGUUGUUUGAAACUUUCGAGUUCCGCGGACAUUACUGCCUGGCCUUCGAACGCGCCGGGACGUCUCUGUAUGACUACCUCAAGGGCAAUAGCUACCGACCCUUCGCUAGAGAUACUGUCAGACGGAUAUCACGACAGCUCUUGGAAGCGCUGCGGUUUCUCCAUGCGAUGAAGCUCGUGCAUACGGAUCUCAAGCUCGAGAACGUCCUACUUCGUAAAUUGGGGGUGAAGAAACCACAACCGGAUAGUGACGGGCGGUGCCAGCUCGGUCGGGACGAGGCCGACAUCGUCGUCAUCGACUUCGGCGGGGCGACGUAUGACGACGAACGUAAAAGUUCGAUCGUGAAUACGCGGCAGUACCGGGCACCGGAGGUCAUCCUGAACUUGGGCUGGUCCACUCCCUCUGAUCUGUGGUCUGCUGGUUGUAUCGUGGCCGAAUUGGGCAAGGGUGAGCUGCUCUUCGCGACGCAUUCCAAUACGGAGCAUUUAGCGUUGAUUGAGAGGGCCGUGGGACCGUUCCCGCGGGCGCUGGUCCAGCGGAGUAGAUAUGCCACGAAAUACUUCGACUCGGACGCUCGUAGCACGUGGGAGCAGGCCCUGCCGCGCGACGGUCGGGACCACGUGCGGCGCAUGCCGCCCCUCCGCCAGUACUGCGAGCCCGACCGCGACCUGCACAAAUUGCUGGAGGGACUGCUGACCAUCGACCCCGACCGGCGGCUCACGGCGAAGGACGCGCUCUCGACGUGCGCGUUCCUGGAGCGGUGCUGA